GCACUGCCAUUAAUGUCUGGCCAAAUCUGCCACAUGCCAUCCGUAGUUGAGCCUUGUCAUGCGUUUUUACUCAUUGGAAUUGUUCUUGAAAUCCUCAUUUGGCUCAGCAGCAAGUUGAUUUGACUGUGAUCCCUCAGUGCAAUUUCGUCUUUGAAUCUGAGAAACUAUGUCGAAAUUGUCCUUGAUAAUGGUACUGGCUGCCGUCAGCCUGGUCAUUCUCAAUGCUGGUCUUGGCUUUGUGGCACCAAGUGUGCAGACUAAGGUGACUGGAGUGACACAUUCCAAGGCUUGGUCUCAACCAUCCCAGGGAUUGCCUGAGUCCACAACGACCACAGGGACUGCCUUCUACGGGGUUGCAAUGGUAGCCACAGCCGCCGGUGUUUUGCUACGAGCACGUCGCACUUCCAGGGUGGCCAGGAAUGAUGGUUUGCAUGGCAUCAAGUUCCCGUAUGCCUUGCAAAAGGAUGCCCAUGCAGACCUGGAGUACCUCAAUGAUGUUGGCUAUUUGCCAGAUGGCACGCCAUUGAACAUGGCCGGCAACUGUAUCAAUCAUCCAGAGACCAUCCAGCCAGAUCCCCACUCCCCAGGUUCCCCAUUGCCGAGAGCUGAAUUCACCAACUCUGUCGGCUACCUGCCUGACGGCGCGCCAAUGAAUGCAGCCGGCAAUGCGCUGAACCACCCUGAGACCAUGCAGCCAGACAUGCACGUUGCCGGCUCACCUCUGCCCAAGUCCAUAUACUAUGCUGAUGUGGGCUACUUGGUGGACGGCACGGAUUUGGCCACGGCGGGCAACAAUUCUGUGAAGGCAGCGCCUCCACCGACAAUGCCUGCUGCGGCUCCGGUUGCAUCUCCGCCACCGGUGGCAUCCUCAACGCCUGUGGCAGCCAGCUUCACAAGUGCGAGCACUGAAGCUUUGCAUGGAAUCAAAUUCAGCUAUUCCAUGCAGAAGGAUGCUUACGCAGAUUUACAGUACCUCAAUGAUGUGGGUUACUUGCCAGAUGGCACGCCGAUGAACAAAGCUGGAAACUGCAUCAAUCAUCCUGAGACUAUCCAGCCGGAUCCUCAUACUCCUGGCUCACCAUUGCCCAGGGCCCUUUUGCACAACUCAGUCGGCUACCUGCCUGACGGCACGCCUAUGAAUGCAGCCGGCAAUGCUGUGAAUCACCCUGACAGGAUGCAGCCAGAUAUGCACGUUGCUGGUUCGCCAUUGCCAAAGUCUGUGUAUGCCGCUGAUGCUGGGUACCUGGUGGAUGGCACGGAUUUGGCCACGGCGGGCAACAACUUCAAGGCUUCAGCUCCUGCCACUACAGCACCAGCGGCUGCAGCAUUUGCGGGAAGCACUGCUCAACCAGGAAAAUCUUCUUUGCGCCAUGCGGCUGGCUUUGCCUAUUCGGUACAGAGGGACGUCUAUGCAGAUUUCUUUUUCUCCAAUGAAGUUGGAUACCUUCCCGAUGGAACUCCCAUGAAUCGAGCAGGAAAUGCGAUGAACCACCCGGAAAGCAUCCUGCCAGAUCCGCAUGUCCCAGGUUCUCCUUUGCCACGUGCCAACUUCGUGAAUGACGUAGGCUAUUUUCCUGACGGCACACCCAUGAACACUGCCGGAAAUGGCAUCAAUCAUCCAGAAAGCCUUCAGCCCGAUCCUCAUUCACCAGGGUCAGCAUUGCCAGCGUCAGAAUAUUCUGCGGACAUUGGAUAUUUGGUUGAUGGCACACCCCUUGAUACCGCCGGCAACAAAACCGUGCACUAGAGCCACUUCGACUGGUGAUUGUCAGCGAGGAUCAGUGCUGCCUGAAGAAUGAAAAAUGCGUUUCGAUUGGUUUCCAUUGAGGAAAGGUGUGCAGCCUUCCCUUUGCUGCAGCUGCAGCUCGUUUAAGGCUAAGCAGCGGCGGCUGUUUCUCUUUGUGCCUUUCAGUAAAUUCCAGUACUCAGAACGGCCGAUUGGGCAGAACUUGGCUCAUACCCAGCGUGCCGACAGCCAUGGCUGUGUUUUGGUGACCGGUUUCCAUGGACUGCAACUGCGGCUGGACAGAGUUGCGUUAAGUCCCUCAUGGCCCAAGAAAAGAUCGUUUCUUUUUCUCAAGUUCAGCAAAUACAUUGAAAUACAUUUGAGCUUGUCACCGUCACCUCACACAAAUACGUAGACAGGAGUCUCGAUUUGAAGCGAAUACAGCUUCAAUCGUUGGACUAUUGGCGUGCCGCCAUGCAAUACACGUACGGGGUCCUUUAUCCUUGUUUUCGGUUUGGGACUUCUUUGCAAUUGGUUUCAAGGGGAAUGCUUCAAAACUAUUGAGAAGGACCUGGGAAUGCAGUUCUCUACUGGCCACGAGAAUCUCUGGCGAGAGUACGUAAUGUCAACGUCCCAUUGUGACUUGCAGGCCAACUGGAAGGUAAAAAGCUCUGGACAAUUCAUAUUUGCCCAGACUUUCUGGUUUUGAGUGUUG